GAGCAGGACUCCACCUCUGGCAUGGCUCCCAGCCUGGCCUGAAGUUGCCUGGCAACAGUUUCGCGUCUCUGACUGAGGACACACGAUGGCAGGUGGCAGUCCAACAGCCAAGAGGGUAGUGGUGUACCGGAAUGGAGACCCCUUCUCCCCAGGCCGCCGGCUGGUGGUAACCCAACAGCGUUUCCCCACCAUGGAGGCCUUCCUUCAUGAGGUGACCUCAGCUGUGCAGGCCCCACUGGCCAUACGUGCCCUCUACACGCCUUGUGACGGCCACCCUGUCACUGACUUGGCAGACCUGCAGAAUGGAGGGCAGUAUGUGGCCGCUGGCUUUGAACCAUUCCACAAGCUCCACUAUUUACCCCCUGGAGGGAAGGAUCCAGGUGGGAAGAACACCAGACUGAAAGACUCUUCCGGGACUCACCACCAGUGUGAUGGGGCCGCUGGACGGUGGCUGCCUCCAGGUGCCCCCUGCUAUAUCCAUGUGUUUAGGAAUGGGGACCUGCGGAGUCCCCCGUUCAGUCUGAAGCUGUCCCAGGCUGCCGUCCAGGACUGGGAAACCAUGCUGAAGCUCCUGACUGAGAAAGCCAAGUUGCAGAGCGGGGCUGUGCGCAAACUCUGCACCCUGGAGGGGCUCCCACUGUCCGCAGGAGAGGCUCUGGUGAGUGGCCAUUACUAUGUGGCUGUUGGAGAGGACGACUUCAAAGCCCUCCCCUAUCUGGAGCUGUUGGUGCCCAGCCCCGCCCUGCCCAGGGGCUGCUGGUACCCCCCAGACCGGAAGUGCAGACUGCAAAGGCAGCAGGCCCAGGGCCAGGAGGCACAGGCAAGCUGGCCCCCUCCGCAGGGGCCAGGACAGGCUGAGUCUGCUGCCCUCUGUGCCAGACCCCGUCAGGCCACUCAGCCAAGAAGCAAGCUUCCCUGUCUGCCAUUUCCAGCAGCAGGAGUUAAGGGUGUAUACAGGGCUCCCCAUCCAAGGAGGGAGAUGGCAGGAGCCCAGGAAGUAGCAGACAGUGAAGACACCUGGACAGAAGAGCCCUUAAAUCAGAGGGCAGCCCGGGCAGCAGAAGGCGCCCUGCCCUCAGAACACCAGUGCGAGGCUGGAGCUAGGGCUGCAUCCUCAGCCUCAACCUCUGCUCCACCACUUGAGAGCCAAAAGCUCCAGACAGGAACCGGAGAUACCACUAGGUAACCACCUUGUCCUCAGCCUCCAGCAGCCUGUUCUGAGGAGCCAUGCCUUCCCUGGGCUCCUGGGGAAUGUGGGCACCUCAGCUCCGCUCGUUCUUCUGCUCCGAAGCCCGCAGCCCGGACUUCCCUUCCUCUCCGCGAAGAGGAGCCCUCGCUGUGCGGGCUAUUUCCUGUGGGAUUCUCUAGCCAUAGAAAGUAGUUGACUGAGCUCGGCAGAGUGGCCCCAAAUGUGAUACUGGGUUUGUCAAAAUAAAAACACACCUACUAACCUCA